UCAUACCCCUUCUUUCACCAAUUCCUCAUUUGCUUUUGGUCACAACUAACAAUCUUCAACUACUACUCAUUUGCAGAGCUUCUUCAAACUGUUUGUUUUUGAUGAGUUUCUGACUUUUCAGAUCCUUUACAAUUCCAAAGUUGUUUGAAGUUUGCAGAGUUUAAUUCUGUUUUUGAUCUCUGUAUUGCUUCGUUUCUUACCUUCCAUAUAUUUUAUCUGCCAAAGUUGUUCCAAGUUUGUAGAGGUUCUGCCUGUUCUUGAUCCGUGUAUUGCUUCAUUGACUCAAUUUCUGACCUUUACCACCAAAGUCGGUUCCAAGUUUGUAGAGGUUCGUCAGUCUGUUCUUGAUAUCUGUGUUGCUUGGUUUCAUUACCUUUCCUUCUUUCAGAACAAACACCAUGGAUGUAUUUGGGAUCUUUAUCUCUCCAUUCGUACAAGCUAUGGUUGACAAAUUGUCCUCUUAUUUUAGCAACUUAGUGAGCACAGCCGACGUUGGCACUGGCAUCCAGAAUCUGAAGAAGGCAUUGGAGGAUUUAGAGGCUUUGUUGGCUGAUGCAGAGAACAAACAAGUGUACGACAAGGAUAUCAAAAAGUGGCUAGAAGAGGUUCAACCUUUGGCUUAUGAUGCAGAUGACUUAUUGGAUGAUUUUGCCACUGAAGCUCUCGAAAGGAAGCUAAUGGCGGAGGAGACAACGAUGGGAAGAAGACCAGCUAAGUUUCCACGUCUCUCUUCUAUUGUUCCAUUCAAUUUAAAAACUGGGUCAAAGCUAAAAGAGAUUACUACUCAAUUACAAGAAGUUGCUACGAAAGGAAAAGAUCUUGGUUUAGAUAAAAUUCUUGUUGGGAGGAUGUCUACAGAUUUAUGGCAGAGAUCACAAACUACAUGUUUGAGGGAGCCUCACAUUCAUGGCAGAGAUGAAGCCAUCAAGCAAAUUAUGGAAUUGCUACUUGGGGAUGCACCUACUGGAAAAAUUUUUGAUGUAAUUCCUAUUGUAGGAAUGGGUGGGAUCGGCAAGACUACACUAGCUCAGCACAUUUACAAUGAUGACAGAGUGGAAAAGCAUUUCAAUCUAAAAGCAUGGGCAUGUGUAUCUGAUGACUUCGAAGUUAUGAGAAUAACAAAGGCAAUUCUCGAGUCGUUCACUCACGGUUCAUGUAAUUUUAGUAACUUAAAUGAGGUGCAAGUUCAACUUAGCAAAACGUUGGCAGGGAAAAAGUUUUUGCUUGUCCUAGAUGAUGUGUGGGACUAUGGACGUGAUGGGUGGAAUUUGUUACGAUCCCCAUUUGGAGCUGGAGCACCUGGAAGUAAAAUCAUUGUGACAACACGAGACAGAGGUGUUGCAAAGCAGAUGGGAAUGGAUAAAUAUCACAAUUUGCACAACUUAUCACAUGACGAUUGUUGGUUAAUCUUUGCCCAACAUGCAUUUGAGAAUAGAAAUAUCAUGGAAUGCCCAAAAUUGGUACCGAUUGGUAAGAAAAUUGUUGAGAACAGGUGCAGAGGCUUACCCUUGGCAGCGAGGGCCCUUGGCAGCUUAUUAUGCUGUAAACAAGAACAUGAAUGGAAAGAGAUACUAAACAGCAAUAUAUGGAAUGAGGAAAGUGUCACGCUCACAGCAUUGAAAUUGAGCUACCUUCAUCUCCCUGUCCAUUUGAAGAGGUGCUUUUCCUACUGUGCAAUUAUCCCAAAGGACUACGAAUUCAUGGAGGAGGAAUUAGUCUUGCUAUGGAUGGCUGAAGGUUUAAUUGAGAAACCAAAUGGUGGAGACCAAAUGGAAGAUUUAGGCCGCAAGUAUUUUCACGAAUUGGUGUCAAGAUCAUUUUUUCAACCGUCAAGUGGUAACAAAUCACAAUUCAUAAUGCAUGACCUCAUCAAUGAUUUGGCUCAAGAUGUAGCAGGGAACAAAUGUUUUAGGUUGGAAAAUAAUUUAGAGGGUGGUAGGCAGAACAAGAUUUCGGACAAAGCACGCCACGCUUCUUAUGUUGCUAGCCAUUGUGAUGGAAUCAAAAAAUUUAAAGCUUUCGAUGAUGCCAAAUGCUUACGAACAUUCUUAGAAUUUUUGCCACGACAACGUCACUUUGUAACGAAGUACUUGAUGCAUGAUUUGUUGCCAAAGUUAAAAUGCUUGCAUGAGUUGCGUUUGUGUAGUAUUGGGAUAAAUGAGCUACCAAAUUCCAUUGGAGAUCUAAAGCAUUUGCGGUACCUUGAUUUAUCCAAUUCUGGGAUUACAAGGUUACCGGACACAGUGGUAACUCUCUACAAUUUACAAGUCUUGCUUUUGAAAUAUUGUCGUAAACUUCAGAAGUUGCCUCUAAACGUGGACAGUCUGGUGAACUUGCGCCAUUUUGACAUGACUGGCGUGCAUAUUCCAUCAUCAGAAGAGAUGCCACUGCAUAUAGGUAAAUUAACUAAUCUCCAAACAUUGUCAAAUUUUAUAGUGGGUAAAGAUUGUGGGCGUAAAAUAGGAGAGUUGAAAAACCUAUCACACAUUCGAGGGGCAAUACACAUAUCAAGACUAGAGAAUGUCAAUGGUGUUAAGGAUGCAAGGGAUGCCAAUUUAACGUCUAAGGAGUUAAAAGAGUUAUCUCUAGAAUGGGAUGAAUCUUGUAGUUCACAUAAUGACAUGGUUGAGAGGGAUGUGCUUGAUGUGAUGAGACCUUUCAUAUUUUUGGAACGACUCACUAUUAGUGGGUAUGGCAGUACAAAAUUUCCAAAUUGGGUUGGAGAUGUUUCAUUCUCCAAAAUGGUGUUCAUGCGAUUAAAAGGUAGCAAAUAUUGCACAUCUUUGCCACCACUUGGACAACUACCCUUGCUUAGAGACCUUUACAUUGAAGGAAUGAGUGCAAUAAAGCGCUUGGGUUCUGAGUUCUCUGGGCAGCAGUGUGGUGCCAAACCUUUCCCCUCUCUAGAGAGACUGAGCUUUAAGUUUAUGCCAGAAUGGGAGGAUUGGUCUGCUUUUGAAACAGAGGGAGUUCAGCCGUUCGGUCAUCUCAGUGAGCUUUCCAUCAUAAAUUGUCCCAAACUUGUUGGAAGAUUACCAAAUGAUCUUCCUUGUCUCAAUUCUCUCAAAAUUGAUGGUUGUCCGCAGUUGUUGAUUGAUGUUUCGAGCCUCGUUCAGCCAUCACUUGCAUCCUUGUCAAUGAAUAAUGUUAUGCUCCCAAGCCUUCCAGCGGUCUUAGGGACGAAGAACACAAUUGAACUUGGUUCCCUCACCUUGGAUAUUAGCCAUGUUACAAUUCUUGACUCCCUCUGCGAUCCAAGCACAACUGAUGAAAAGUUACUGGCUAAUGAAAUGUCUAAGCAUCCAACUUCAGUAACUGCUUUGAGCAUUUCUCAUGUUGAAAACCUGGCAUUCCUACCAACAUGGUUUACUCGAGAUUUGAUGGGACUUGAGAAAUUGAACAUUAGUAACUGCCAAGAACUCAUAACAUUGUGGCGAAAUAAGGUGAGAAUGCAAGUAUGUCUCCUUUCCCUCUGCCAUUUGAAGAUUUCUGAUUGCCCCAAACUGGUUUGCUUGUUUGAAGAAGAGCAAGAAAAAGAAGCAGAAGGUUCGAAAAAGCAGCAACAUGAGGGGCUGCCUUGCAUGACGAGACUCGAGUAUUUAACAAUUCAAGAGUGUGGAAUGCUGAAGAAACUGCCACAAGAUCUGCACACAUACACAUCUCUUGGGGUGCUUAGAAUCGAUGGUUGUGCAAGUCUGAUCUCUUUUCCAAUGAAAGGUUUGCCAUCUAGACUGAGAGAACUUAGCGUUUCAAGGUGUGAUGCUUUGGAGUCCCUACCCGAGUUGAUGACACUCAAUAAUCUGCAAGAGUUGAAGGUUUCUGAAUGUGCAUCACUCACAUAUUUAUUGUCAAGAGGUGGGCUACCAUCCACACUAAAACAACUUGGGAUUGAGGGUUGCAGAAAUCUGGAGUCACUUUUUGCAGAGGAAGGGAUAAAAAUUGAUUGUCCAUCUCUUGAAACUAUUUGUAUCCAUUUUUGUGGGAGUCUCAAAUCUUUACCAGAAGCCAAUGAUCUCAGGAAUCUCAGUCAAUUGGUGAUAAGAUGGUGUUAUAAUCUGGAGCCCCUGUCACUUGGUGGUCCUGAUCAGAACAACAACAUCAACCAAUUCACUUCGCUUCAAAAGCUGUGUUUAUAUGAAUGCAGGGCAGGAAUGGUCUCCUACUUUGUCAAGGAAGGGAGUUUCCCCACCAACAUCACUUCACUUGAAAUCAGGAAUUUGAGAGGAGACGACGUCGGUCAACUUCCACUUCCGCCUCCAUCCCCAUUAGAGUGGGGUUUGCACAAACUCUCUUCUCUUACAACACUCGUACUUGGAGGCCAAGAUUGGCCGUGGGAAGAUAUGGUGUCCUUUCCAGAAGAAGGGAUGUUCCUGCCCACCUCUCUCAUCAAUUUGACCUUCUUUCGCUUCCGAAAUCUGGAAAGACUCUCUUAUGAGGAGUUUCAAAACCUCACCUCUCUCCAAAAACUUGAUAUCUUGUUUUGCCCUAGGUUCGCGUCCCUUCCAAAGGAAGGGUUGCCUCCCUCUCUUUUGCAUCUAUGUAUCUGGGGUUGCCCUGAGCUUGCGACCUUUCCAGAACAAGGCUUCCCUCCCUCGCUUUUGUCACUGGAGAUCUUGGGACGUAAACUUAAUCCAAUACUGAAACAAUAUUGGCCCAUCAUCCAAUACAUUCCUAAAGUAGAUAUCAUCUCAGCUUAAGCAGCCAACUGCAAGGUCAUAUAUUGAAGCCCUAUGCUUUGUGGUAUACAGUUUUGCAUUGAAGAUUCUGCUUCAGAAUUGUUCAGGAGAUAUUUCAGUUAUUGGAGACAUUGUGGAGGUGAUUAAUAUAAUUUGCAACAGCUUGAAUCCUUUACGGUGUUCUUGGAAGAGAAGAGAAGCAAACUGUUGGGUUAAUGCUUUAGCAUUUGAGGCUGACAACAUAGUGGAUGAAUCUUUUGGAUGGACUCUGCCUGCUAAACUUCCUAUCCUUCUAGAACAUUCCUAUUAUUAGCUGUCUCCGUUUUAUCCAAAUAAAAAAAGAAGUAACUCAUGCAAGGGGUCCAACACCAUCCAACUUGCUCACACUUCAGCAGUUAACAUCCAAUGCACUGUCGGCAUUCACAGCUUUAUUACAAUUUCUUGGGCACUCCAAGUUACGGAAUGUAAUCAGAUAGUUGAUUUUCUCUAAUAGAAACCAUGAUGCUUCUACUGUAUUUUAUUGCUUACUGCCUUGAUAAACAAUUGGAGUUGUAGCUAUUUGAUUGUAUUAUAGCUAAAUCAGCACAAUUUCUGUUUUAUCCAAUUCUCUAGUCCAUUAGAUGUCCCACCAAUCAAUUAGUUCACCUAUUAACUUGUACAUUAAGGGCAAAUUAGUGCUGUUUUUUUGGCAGUGUAGCAGUUUCUUUAAUGAAACAACAUGAAUACAUAUGAAAGAAGUCCUGAGCCUUGUUUUAA